AUGGCGCUAGUCCUACUGCGUCUCGUCUUUCUAACUAUAUUCCUACGUUUCAUAGCUGCACAACAGAAUACCGGUUCUGUAUCUGUUGGUGCAUCACUCACCGCCACACCCAACGUCAAACCAUGGCUUUCAUCAUCCGGUGAGUUUGCCUUUGGGUUCCAACAAGUUCAAGGAACCGAUAAUUUCUUGUUAUCCAUAUGGUAUAACAAGAUACCUGACAGUACCAUCGUCUGGUAUCCAGAAGAAGGUCGGAUGGUGCCUACAGGAUCCAAAGUUGAGCUACUUCGUGAAAGUGGACUCCUACUGAGUGAUCCUCAGGGCACACAGAUAUGGAGAUCUGGGUCUAUUUCCGGUGUUGCAUCAGGUUUUAUGAAUGAUACAGGUAACUUCGUGAUGUUUGGUAGCAAUUCUCGCAAGUUAUGGGGUAGUUUUGAUUAUCCAGCAGACACGCUGUUGCCUACUAAGUUUAUGGAGUCAGGCGAAGGGAUAAAUUCAACAAUCAGCAAAACAAACUUCUCUGGUGGACGAUUCCAGUUACGUUUCCAAGAAGAUGGAAAUCUUGUUCUUAACAGUCGAGAUAUACUUUCAGGUAAUGCUUAUGAUGCUUACUAUACCAGCGACACUCAUGAUGCCACCAAUUCAACAAACUCCGGUGAACAAGUGAUCUUCGAUGCAACGGGAUACAUGUAUAUAUUGAGAAGAAAUGGCCAACGAUUUGAUCUUACUCCAAGAGGCUCACUUCCUUCUGGAGAUUAUUAUCACAGAGCUACUCUAGACUCUGAUGGGGUUUUUCGUCAAUAUUACUUCCCCAAGAAUCCCAUCUCCAAUACAAAUUGGGAAGUUAUAUGGUUCGUGCCAGAUAACAUAUGUGUGGAUUCAAAUGAUCGUUCAAGCACUGGAGCUUGUGGGUUUAACAACGUUUGCAGUUUUGAUGGUAACCGGCCAAACUGUGAAUGCCCACAGGGUUUCUCAUUGCUUGAUCCAAAUAAUCCAAGUGGUGAUUGCAAGCCUGAUUUCACUCCAACAUGUGAUGAAGUUGACUCCAAUAAUGGGCGAGGCAUGUUUGAUUUCAUCGAGCUCCAUAAUAUUGAUUGGCCAUUUUCAGACUAUGUGCACAUGAACCCAAGUAAUGAAAAGACCUGUAAAAGUUCCUGCAUGCAAGACUGUUUCUGUGCUGUUGCAAUAUAUAGGGACACUCAAUGUUGGAAGAAGAAGCUUCCGCUUUCUAACGGGAGGAAGGUUGCUUCAGCUAAUGUGAGGGCGUUCGUGAAAUACCGGAUUGGUGAUCAUCCUCUUCAAAACUCUACUCGGCUUCCCGGAGAAAAUAAAGAUCGAAAAAAUCUGAUAGUUGUAGGAUCCGUUCUCUUAGGUACUUCUGUAUUUGCUAUCUUUGUAUUGAUUGGUGUGAUUUUUGUCGGUUUCUUUGUAAUAUACAAGAAGAAGCCAAGAAAUUCGUAUCCAAUUAGGAAAGCUGUUGAAAGCAAUCUACCUCGUUUUACAUAUCAAGAAUUAGUUGAAGCUACUGAUGGGUUCAAGGAUGAAUUGGGAAAGGGGGCUUUUGGGAUAGUCUAUAAAGAGAUCAUUUCAUGCCGAAAGAGCUUGGUUUACGAGAGUGGUGAGAAAGGGGUGGCGGUUUUAAGUGAUCUUGCAUGGGAUUGCUAUCAAGAAGGUCGACUGGAUACAUUUGUUGAGAACGAUCUGGAAGCAUUGGAUGACUACAAGAAAGUUGCAACUUUUGUCAUGGUUGGCCUGUGGUGUGUACAAGAGAACUCAUCCUUGAGGCCAACCAUGAGGAAGGUCAUCCAGAUGCUUGAAGGAGGAAUUGAGGUGGCAGAACCUCCAUGUCCAUGCUCUCUCUCUGUUACCAGUUAUUGA